UACUCUAGCACACACAGAUACAUGAAUAGAGAUGGGAUUUUGUGCCGUGAUAACUGAGUUAUACUCACUCUACGGCGGCUGGUUUGAUGGGUUUUGUGGGAUGUAGGAUGUGGAUAUCCAUCCGUAUGUGUACGUGCGUUUGUGUUUUGCCUGAAUGUGCGUCCGUCUCUCUCCAGCCCCACCAUGGCAGCACAACUCCGAUGACGCCACAAAAGAAAAAAAAGGGCGACAGUCUCCCGACCAACCCCUCUCCCUCCACGCCCUGAAUAUAUCUCAUAUAGGCCAUUCUGCAUUAUACCUACGAUCUGUCAUGGUAUAUUCUUUGCUUAUUCACGGCAUUAGAGCGGAAAAAUAUAUGCAAAUGUCAUGUAAUGCAUGCUGAGUCAAAUGGACUCUUCGCGACCAAGCGCUGCGGACUGUUGCGGACUGUUGAUUACCAUAUCUACUCAUAAUAUUAGUCUUACCCUUACUACCCCAUUUCCGUAAAAACGGCGCUAAUGGUGGGGUGAGACGGCCCCAACGUCACCAAUGUUGUGUUAGGCGAGGGGGAGGGGGUACUCAAUCGUCCAUAGCUCCUCCGAACCUCGCCCUCCUCUCUCAAGAAUCUUUUUAAUACUCAUACUUCCCCGUGCAAAAACUUCUUCGGAUCACGAUUUGAUAUUGUAAUCCGUGAGACGACGAGAGAUAUAUACAGCUGAGAUACCAUCGAGUAAGCUGAGUGUGAAUUGGACUAUCUUCAUUACUGCGAACCUCAUCGGAGAAAUCAGCAUCAACACACCUCAAUUACACAUAUACACCGUCUCCCGCGUGUCCAUCGCUCUCUAACCUAUCCCCACGAAUUUUCCCGCCAACCCAAUCCACACCCACCACCGCCAAAAUGGUCAAAGCAGCCGACUCCCCCGCCUGGAAGGCGCUCGAGGAGCACCACUCCAGCGUCGGCAAGUCCUUCGUGCUGAAGAAGGAGUUCGAGAGCGACCCCAAGCGCUUCGACAAGUUCUCCUUCGCCUUCGACAACGCCGCCGACAAGUCGCAGAUCCUCUUCGACUUCUCCAAGAACUUCCUCACCGACGAGACCCUCAAGCUGCUCGUCGAGGUCGCCAAGGCUGCCGGCGUCGAGAAGCUUCGUGAUGAGAUGUUCAACGGGGAGAAGAUCAACUUCACUGAGGAUCGUGCUGUCUACCACGCUGCGCUCCGCAAUGUCGCUAAUGAUGUCAUGGAGGUUGAUGGCGUGAAUGUCGCGCCUGAGGUGAGCAAGGUCUUGGACCACAUGAAGGAGUUCAGCGAGCAGGUUCGCAGCGGAGAGUGGAAGGGUUUCACCGGCAAGAAGCUGACUACCAUUGUCAACAUCGGCAUUGGUGGUUCUGAUCUUGGCCCUGUCAUGGUUACUGAGGCGCUGAAGUUCUAUGGUGAUCGCGAUAUGAAACUCCACUUUGUUUCCAACAUUGAUGGAACGCACAUCGCUGAGGCCCUGAGGGAUUCGGACCCAGAGACGACCCUUUUCCUCGUUGCUUCCAAGACCUUCACCACCGCCGAGACUACCACGAACGCCAACACCGCGAAGAACUGGUUCCUGACCAAGGGCGGAAACCAGGAAGCCAUCGCAAAGCACUUCGUCGCUCUAUCCACCAACGAGGCGGAGGUCACCAAGUUCGGCAUCGACGCCAAGAACAUGUUCGGCUUCGAGAGCUGGGUCGGCGGACGCUACAGCGUCUGGAGCGCCAUCGGCCUCAGCGUGGCCCUCUACAUCGGCUUUGACAACUUCCACGCCUUCCUCGCCGGCGCCCAAGCCAUGGACAAGCACUUCCGCGAAGCGCCGAUCGAGAAGAACAUCCCCAUGAUCGGCGGCCUCCUCAGCGUCUACUACAGCGACUUCUACGGCGCGCAAACCCACCUAGUCUCACCCUUUGACCAAUACCUGCACCGCUUCCCCGCCUACCUGCAACAGCUCUCCAUGGAAUCCAACGGCAAAUCCGUCGACCGCGACGGCAAGAUGGUGUCCUACACCACUGGCCCCGUCCUCUUCGGCGAGCCCGCCACCAACGCCCAGCACUCCUUCUACCAGCUCCUCCACCAGGGCACCAAGCUCAUCCCCACCGACUUCAUCAUCGCCGCCGAGUCCCACAACCCCGUCGAGAACAACAAGCACCAGCUCAUGCUCGCUUCCAACUUCUUCGCCCAGGCCGAGGCUCUCAUGGUCGGCAAGACCGCCGAGCAACUCAAGGCCGAGGGUACGGACGACGCGUUGAUCCCGCACAAGACCUUCCUGGGGAACAGACCCACGACGUCGAUUGUGGCGCAGAAGAUCACCCCUGCCACGCUUGGUGCGCUGAUCGUAUACUACGAGCAUGUCACGUUCACGGAGGGCGCGGUGUGGAACAUCAACUCGUUUGAUCAGUGGGGUGUUGAGCUUGGGAAGUCGCUGGCGAAGGCGAUCCUGAGCGAGUUGGAAGAGGAUAAGGAGGGGAAGCAUGAUAGUUCUACUGCGGGCCUUAUUGCCGCGUUUAAGGCGAAGGCGGCGAAGGGGUCGAAGAUCUAAGUGGGGGGGGGGUGUCGAAUACUGACUGGAGUAGAUGAUAUGUUGUUGUGUUGCUGAGUGAUGAUUUAUGGUGGAUGAGAGAU